CAAUCGAUUAUCGAUCACGGUAAUUACUUCACAUCGUAGCAACGCGGUGUUUUCGGCCAUCGAUCGCAAGUCCCUUGUUUCAGCAGGACAUCGUACGCAGGAAAGCGGAGAAGGACAUGCUAUUAUCGAAUAAUGGCGCCAUCGGGAAAAAAGACGAGAAACUAUCGCGGCAAGAACCGAAAAACACAGCCACGUAGUUCCCAUCGACAGCGAUAUAAGCCGAAGGCUGUUUCUCAUCAUGCGAGGCACCAUAGAACCGUCAACAUGCCGGAAAUGGUGUACCGAUUAUUGAACGCCGCUAAACAUAACCAAGGACGAGGGGAGAGCGAAAUGCUAGCCCGAAGUAGUGGCAGGUAUCAUGGAAAAGUGCGGAAGUAUCAAAAUCUUAGCGAAUCCUCCUACGAUACCUCGCCUGUUCGUGAAAGCACGAUGUCUGUGGAUGGGUCCAAGUACACGAAAUCUGGAGCAACGUCUACGGAGAACACGUCGAGAGUGAUGGACGCUACAAAUAGCUCGGGGGGCAGCGGAUCCUGCAACAGUAGCGUAUCGAAUAUCUCCGUCGAACCGAUUACGCUCGCGAAUACGAUCGAUAACACCAGAGCACUCCUGAAAAAGAAAUCUCUCGUACAGGUUAUCAAUAGUUAUAUCAAAGCUGGCAUCGAGGAAGGAAAACGCCAAGCAAAAAAGUACAUUCGCAAAGCGCUGUCAUUUGGCAUGAAAUCCGGUUACCUAAUUCCGGCGGAUCCUCAAGGUCAAGUGCUCCACGUGUCUCCAACAUUGGUAGGAAGUCGAAAAAGCGAUACAGAAUCGCGCAAAAGACGUCGAAGAAUACGGAGGGGCGAGGAGGAACCGUACACCGAUCGCAGGGAGCGUCGUAAGGAAACACCCCCAUGGAAUACGAAACGGAAACGACAUCGUGAAGCAACGCCAUCGCCGAUAACGCCUAUUAAAAAAAGGAAGAAGGGAUCUACCACGGUGAAUCCGCAAAUGAACUUACAUCCGGAGAAGCCCGUUGCGAAGAAGAAGACUGUGGAACCUGCUAGAAAACCGUCGAGGAAGAAGAGCAAUGUUAGCAAGAAAAAGAGUAAGAUGGCACCCACGACCCUGUCUGGUCCAUCGAAAGAGCAAUCUCAGAAGGUGAAGGCUGUGCCGAGAACGCGAAGCAAACACAAACCCGAAGUGGUCGAAAGGAGACGAAGUCCCAGCAAACGAAACACCAAAUCGCCGUCGAGGAGCAACGAAAAAGACAGUCGCAAAAAAGAUUCUCGACGAUCCAGCGACGAGGACAGCGUGACGUUCUGCGAAACGAUAGAGAGACGAAGAUCGGAAUCCAGUCAAGAGGAUGUUCUGCGGGAUAACAAUGUUCCGCCGGGAAGUCCUGGCAAGGAAGUUGAAGGACCUCUAGAAACACCCAGCAACGAGGACAACGUUUUCAGUUCUGUCAAUUGAACUUGUGUGCCUUUUAUUUUUUAACGUUUGUAGGAUUUUUUAUUGUCAUUUCGAGG